AUGCAACAACAGCGGGUAGCUCAACAAACACUUGCUAGUCUACCCAAUUCCCCUGACGUACUCCUUUACACUGAUGGCUCGGCUAGUGAAGGCACAACCAACGGCGACGCCGGUGUGGUGGUGCAGAUACACGAUGCGGUGGUCUACGAGUGGAACGCCCAGACUGGUGCUCACAGCAGCUCAUUCCACUCCGAGAGAGCAGCAUUUAACGAAGCCCUCCGGUGGCUACAGGCCAAUGACAACUGGACAUCAACAGCUAUAGUCUGCGAUUGCAAAUCAUUGGUUGAAGCGGUUGACAACCCGUUUCCCCCAGACCAGACAAUUAGAGAAUCGCAACAAACAGCGGACCUAGUAGCAGCUGGCAAGAUUUUGACGGUGAUCUGGGUGCCGGGCCAUUGCAAUCUCCGCGACAAUGAACUCGCAGACGUUCAGGCGAAGCAUAGCUCGGCGCUGUCACAACCGGAUGCCGCCAUCAAUACAGUCAUUCGUCUGGCGUUUAUUCGUCGAACGUUCCAGCCAACGCCAAUUCAACACCCUCGUCUGAAGGAAGUCUUCACGAAGAAGCCGGAUGAAAGAACCGAAGCAGCCCUCUCGAAGGCAAACUUCACAGACAUGAUACGCUUCCGUAGUGGUGGUCAUCAUCCGGCACUCAGGCGGUGGCAAAAGAUGGCAGCAAGCAGCGACACAGAUCAAUGCAGACUCUGUAACGAGGAGGUGGAAUCUGCAGAACAUCUCUGGCUGAGAUGUUCGGCCCUGAUCGUGGGACGCUAUAUCCGCCAACUAUGGAUGAGAUGA